AUGAAGAAAUCUGUGGAACUAUAUGAGAUCGUCAGGCUGAUCCGCCCGGUUCACCGCCGCCUGGCGCGCGCGGUGGAAGCAAAGUUGAGCGGAACCGGUGUAACGGUUGGCAUGCGAGCGGUCAUGGAGGUGCUUGAUGAGACCGGAUCGCUUUCCGUUCCCGAAAUCGGACGGGUCCUGUUUCUGACGCGCCAGCAGAUCCAGCUGAUCGUGAAUGCUCUCGAGGAAGCAGGUGUUGUUGAACGGCAGCCCAACCCCGCACACCGGCGUUCACCGCUCUUUUCCCUGACAGAUCAGGGCAAGACGGUUUUUGGAGAAGUCCGGGCCCGGGAAAAUGACGAGAUCGAUGCAGUCUGCGAGCUCUUUUCAGCAGACGAUAUCCUGGCAACGCAACGUGUCCUCUGCGCCAUGCUCGACCACUUUGCAGAGUUUGAGGACGAUCCCGAUCGUCCCAAGGCGCUGGAAUAA